UAUGGAACGAGACACCUUCAUUUCAUCAAUGACGCGAGCGGGACGACAACGUAUGCACUUUAUUUACAUCAUCUUGUAAGAUAUUAUGACAAGAGAGUAACUGGACGAACAGGAGAAGGACCUAAACAGUCCCAGGGAACGCGCGAGAGAAAAGUUUUCCACACUCUUCAGUUGUGUCGGCUCAAAGGAUGUCCGUCUUCACGCUCUGCCUGUUCUUAUGGCCCUGGCUGUCAUCCAUUCACGGUCUGGAGUUUCGCUAUCAUAACAGCAUGGAAAUGGAGCAGUAUUUGAAAGACGUCAACAGGAGGUUUCCUGAUAUCACACAUCUACACAGUAUCGGAAAGUCCGUUGAAGGAAGAGAACUCUGGGUCUUAAUACUGGGUCAACAUCCCAGAGAACACAGAACGGGCAUCCCGGAAUUCAAAUACGUGGGCAACAUGCAUGGAAACGAGGCUGUUGGCCGUGUGUUACUGCUUCAGUUGAUCGAUUAUCUGACCAGCAGUUAUCUGAGUGAUCCGCUGGCGACACGUUUGUUGAACAGCAGUCGUGUGCACAUCCUGCCAUCCAUGAACCCAGACGGCUUUGAGUCAUCUGCUCGGGAAUGCACGAAUACAAAAGGCCGGUAUAAUAAGAACGGAGUGGACCUGAAUCGCAAUUUUCCGGACGUGUUUGAGAGUACUACAGAUCGGGAAAGGGAGAAGGAGGUCAGGGCCGUGAUGGACUGGCUAAAGACAGAAAGCUUUGUUCUUUCGGCCAAUCUCCACGGAGGAGCAGUGGUGGCCAGCUAUCCCUACGACAACAGCAACGGAGGAAGCGAGCUGCAAGGAGGCCUCAGCAUCUCCCCUGAUGAUGACGUGUUUGUGCACCUGGCACAGACCUACUCCUACAGCCACAGCGACAUGCACAAUGAAAACAGCUGUUCCGACUUGCAGGACUUCUCCCAGGGCAUCACUAACGGAUAUCACUGGUAUCCUCUACCAGGGGGAAUGCAAGACUAUAACUAUGUGUGGGCACAAUGUUUCGAGCUUACACUAGAAAUCUCUUGCUGCAAGUAUCCUCCAGAGGCGCAGCUUCCCGGCCUAUGGGCGGCCAACAAACCCGCACUACUGGCUUACAUGCAGCAAGUACACCUUGGGGUGAAAGGAGUAGUGAUGGACUCAUACGGGAAGCCUGUCCAAAACGCUGUAGUGGAAAUAGCAGAGAGAAGAAACAUUUGUCCAUUCAGGACGGAUCGUAACGGGGAAUACUACAGACUGCUGCUGCCCGGAAACUACACCAUCAAAGUGACAAACCCAGGACACAAAACCCUCACCCAGACAGUUCAAGUGCCAUAUGGUCCUAGUGCAUUCUCUGCACUCACACAAAACUUUCUCCUGCAAAACAGUGACUACAGCUCAACAGCAACACAACUGCCCCAGUCCUGCACCACCCCAGAUCCGGGAAUCCAGGAGAGCGACAGUGCCACCCUGCUGCCCAGUGUGUUCACUACACUUACCUUAUUCCUCCUCCAAAGACUGCUGAUGCUGUCCUGAAGGAGUACAGACUCUGAAACAUUAAGGACAAACUCAUUUAUGCUUUUAUUGCACAUUUUUCCUACCUUUUGUAAAAGAGAUUGUGACAACAUAUCUACAAUUGUCAAAACUGUCUACACACAUGCAGCAGGUCAAGAAUAUCCACAAGCCGCUGUAGUCAUUAUACUUUUUAGGACCAACAUACAAAUCCUUGACCAAAACCCUCAACCACUUGACAUUUAGUUUUAAACUAGCCUUGUUUGAUUUAGUCUCAUUUAAAAUGCUUAUCAAUAGUGGAAAACAAACUCAAGAAGAGUAUCAAAGUUGAAGGCUGUGUAUAUGAAGAAAUAUAGCACACAUACAUUUUUAUUGUUGGACCAAGUUUCUAGUCUUGACCGUUUUCUUUGCAGUUAUUGUUUAAAAAUUUGCAGAUUGUGUCAAGCUAAUAACUUCAUUUCUACAUUGACAGUCUUUUUGCAAGCCAAAUGAAAACCAGUGCUCUUUCUACCUCACAUUAAAGACUGACAGUCCCUUCAAUAAACAUGUCAAACACCAA